GGGAACCAUCCUCUUUCUGGGAUAAGAUAUAUUAUUAUGACCUUUAUUUUUAAUGGAAGAUGAUUGAAUGUGAAAACCUAAACCAAGAAGAAAUAAUUAAGGAACUGUGUUUAUGCAAUGGUUUGUCUUAUGAGAUGGUUGGACAAGAAGGAUCAGAUACUUCAGAACUGGAGAUGUUUUUCUCAGGGUACCCCCGUAUAGUUGGAUUAUCAUUAUUUCCUAAUCUAAUGAGUCUCACAGUUGUUGCUCAAGACAUAAAAGAAAUAUCAGGGCUAGAAACUUGUUUACGGCUUAAAGAACUCUGGAUUGCCGAAUGCUGCAUAGAGAAAAUUGAAGGUCUUCAGGAAUGUAGAAAUUUAGAGAAAUUGUAUUUAUAUUUUAAUAAAAUUUCCAAGAUAGAAAAUUUAGAGAAAUUAUUAAGAUUGGAGGUUCUUUGGCUGAACCACAAUACAAUUAAAAAUAUUGAGGGUUUGCAAACUUUGAAGAAUUUAAAUGACCUCAACCUUGCUGGAAAUCUAAUAAGCAGCAUUGGUCGAUGUCUUGAUCCCAAUGAACAACUGGAAAGAUUAAACCUUUCUGGUAACCAAAUAUGUUCUUUCAAGGACCUCACUAACUUAACCAGGCUGCAUCGCUUAAAGGAUUUAUGUCUGAAUGAUCCUCAGUAUAAAACCAAUCCAGUUUGUCUGCUGUGUAAUUAUUCCACUCAUGUAUUGUAUCACUUGCCUGGCCUUCAAAGACUUGACACGUUUGAUGUGUCAGCAAAAGAGAUCAAGGAUUUGGCAUAUACCACAGCAAUGAAAAAAAUAAUGUAUUACAAUAUGCGUAUAAAAACUGUUCAGAGGCAUCUUAAUGAAGACCUUGAAAAAUUGAAUGAACAAAGAUGCAAGUUACGGAAACUACCAGAAGAAAGAAUAAAAUUAUUUAGCUUUGUGAAAAAAAAUCUGGAACGAGAACUUGCCGAAAACAAGGCAUCUGGCAAAGGGCACAGUGAUAGAUCCAGUAACAAUAAAGUAGCUGAAUUUGAAAAAUCAAAGAAGUGGGAAACUGUCACAGAAGAGCCAAAUCUUCAACAGAAGAUACUGACCAAACUAAAUGCCUUGAAUGAAAGGGUAACAUUCUGGAACAAAAAACUAGAUGAGAUUGAAACAAUUUAUCAUGUUGAAGUAAAACAAAAGAAGAAAAGCCAUGGCUUAUUGAUCCCAUUUUUGUUGACUGAGUUGGAAACUGUGGGAAAUAUCCACUUUGAAGAAGGCACUCGAUCUGAUGACUGGUUUAACUCCUGCUAUGAACUAAUUCUUUCACGUUUUUGUACCUGGAACUUCAGGCCAUAUGGUAUUACUGGAGUGAAAAUAAAACGUAUCAUCAAAGUUAACAACCGUAUUCUGAGACUAAAAUUUGAAGAGAAAUUCCAGAAGAUUCUUGACAAGGAAGAUAUGCAUGAUUCAGAGAGCUAUCAAAAGAUGCUGGAGUGCCUUUUUUAUGUUUUUGAUCCUGAAGUUACAGUGAAGAAAAAGCACCUGCUACAAAUACUUGAAAAAGGAUUCAAAGACAGUGAAACAAGCAAGCUGCCUCUCAGAAAAGAAGCUGUUAUUCUUGCUAACAGCCUAACUAUGUGUGAAUGUCCCAGAAUUGAAUUUCUACAGCAAAAGUUCAAAGAUGAGAACUCUCCAGAGCAUGAGCUCUUCAGGCAUGGCAUCCUCCUCAUUACAAAGGUUUUCCUUGGCCAGAGUGUUCAGGCUUGUGAACAGGACUCCAUCAAUCAAGCUAACUAUCCAAUGGUUAAUUCAGUGUUCAUUCCUCAAAAAUAUUUACCAAAUUCUAUCAUGGGACAGAGGAACUGUGAUUGCAGCCUCCGGCAGUGCAAGUGGUUUGUCUUUGAUCAUGAUCUGGUUUUGCCAGAAUACGUCAUUGAAUUUGAGUAUAUUACAAUGGUCAAGGCUCACUCGUUAUUUUCUUCAUUCAACAAUGUUAUUCUAGAAAAAAACAAAAAAAAUUCAGAAGGAUCAUUACUGUCCCAGGAUUUGAAAUUUGAUGAUGAAGUUAUAAAAAUGGAUCCCAGGAUCAAGCCCAGACCAAAACUUAGUAGUUUGAAUGAUAAAACGAUACUUUCUCUUGCCAACACUAACAUUUACAGUCAUAUUGUGAAUCUGAAUCUACAUGGAAACCGCUUGAGUAAAUUGAGAGAUCUCUCCAAGUUAACAGGACUUCGAAAACUUAAUAUCAGCUUUAAUGAAUUUACCUGUUUAGAUGAUAUAUACCACUUGGUAAGAACUGCCCUUUUGAAAUUACUUAGUGUUGCUGUAGAAAAGUCUGAUGAGAAGCCAGCCACAUUAAGGCUGAGUGUUAUUGGCAGAUUAAAGACUCUCACUCAUUUAGACGGACUCCUCAUUUCUGAAGAAGAAGCCACAGCAGCAAUGAAUUUUAUUACUGGAACAAAGAUUACUCAGUUAUCACUCUUACAGCAUUCUAGUACUAAAGAGGAGAGACCACGGAUACUUAGCAUAUGGUCUUCUGCCAAAAUUCUGACACAGAUUUCAAAGUUGGGACCACAUUUACAUCUGAAUGGAAACUGGUACUUGAAGAUAACUGCUUUAAAUUUAGAUGGGCAACAUCUCUUUGAAAUCACAAAUUUAGAAAAACUGGAAAAUUUGAAAUGGGCAUCAUUCAGCAACAAUAAUCUCACUAAAAUGGAAGGCUUGGAAUCCUGUAUUAACUUGGAAGAGCUCACAUUAGAUGGAAACUGUAUCUCAAAGAUAGAAGGCAUUUCCAAGCUGACUAAAUUAACCCGUCUCAGCAUAAAUAAUAAUCUUCUCAAUGGUCUGGAAAAACAUAUUUUUGAUAACAUGCUUCAUCUUCACUCCCUUUCUCUUGAGAAUAACAGAAUUACUUCAUUGAGUGGUUUACAAAAAGCUUUUACUCUAAUUGAAUUAUACAUAAGCAAUAACUAUAUUGCUCUCAAUCAGGAGAUCUAUAAUUUAAAGGGUUUAUGCAACCUGGUCAUUCUCAACAUAUAUGGAAACAUUAUUGUAUGGAAUCAAGAAAACUACCGGUUGUUUGUAAUAUUUCACCUUCCAGAACUGAAAGCUUUGGAUGGAAUCGCCAUUGAACCACCAGAGACUGAGUGUGCAAAGGACUUGUUUGGUGGCAGACUUACCUCUGACAUGAUUGCAGAACGACAAGGACAUUCAAACUUCACCCAAAUGCAAGAACUCAACUGGACUUCAUCAUCCAUCAGCACUGUGGAUUUGAUUCCAGUUGACCAAUUUAGAAAUGUAUGUAAUGUGAAUCUACAAAACAAUAAUCUUACCUCAUUCAGUGGAUUGAUCUAUCUGCCUAAUGUGAAGGUCUUAUGCCUCAACUAUAAUCAUAUUGAGUCAAUCAUGCCCAGAAUAAAACCUCAGGCUCACUUGACCAACAGACAGCUCCUCUACCAGAAAGUGCCUUCCAGUGGCUAUGGACAACAAGGAACUUCAAAAAUAAACAGAGAUACAACAAACAGUGAAAAUUUGCCUCCAAUAAUGCAUAGUUUAGAAGUUCUUCAUUUGGGCUAUAAUGGAAUUGGUAAUUUAAUUCAACUACAGCUUAACAGACUGAGAAAUUUAAAAUUCCUCUUUCUACAAGGGAAUGAAAUCAGUCAAAUUGAAGGACUUGACAAUUUAGUAGUCCUUCAGGAAUUGGUAGUGGACCAUAACCGCAUCAGAGCAUUUAAUGAUAGUGCCUUUGCCAAACCAAGCUCACUAUUGGCACUUCAUCUGGAAGAAAACAGACUACGAGAGCUGAGCAAAUUACAGUCUUUGGUAAAACUUGAGAAACUCUUCCUAGGAUAUAAUAAAAUCCAGGAUAUGGCAGAACUGGAAAAACUUGAUGGUAUCUCUUCUCUCAGAGAGCUUACAGUUUAUGGCAAUCCAAUCUGUAGAAAAACACUACAUCGCCAUGUGCUCAUAUUUCGGCUGCCCAACUUACAGAUGUUAGAUGGAGUUCCUGUGAACUCAGAUGAUAGGGCCAAAGCUGAAUUUCACUUCUCUGAACUACAAGCGAAAAAAACUUCGCUCAUUCCUGUUACCAACUCUCCAGUGGACGGUGGGUCAUUUGGCCAAGUGAAAGCUCCUUCCAUAAAGAUAACAAAUGUAAUUCUGCGUAGUGGAUUUAGCCAUUACUUGGGAUCUGAACUUGGGAUCUUAACUCCUGAAGCUGAAGACCAAAAAAACAAGAAUGCAGGGAUUCUGACAAAUAAUCCUCGGAGUAUCCAUGCAGAAAUAGCUCUUCGGCAACUCAGAGGGAUAAAUCUCUCUCCAUCUCUUUUAUCACAUCAGAAUAUGGCAUCUCCAACUGCACAGAUGUACCAGAGCAACCUAGAUGAGGAAAGAACUCCUGGCAGCCACUUUCCAAGAUCAAAUCGAAUGUAACUGCCUAAAGAGAAAUGAAUAUACACCAAGAAACCUAUUUCUGUUUAGUAGUUGUACAAAAAUUAGCAGACAGUGUUGGUGAAAAAAAUAUAUAAGAUAAUCAUGUUCCUUAUUUUACUGAAGCACUGCAGUUCCAUAUGAUGAUAAUUUCUGUCACCCUGGUUGAAUUUAAUUUUAAUAUUGCCUCUCUUAAACUUUCUUUAUGGUUAUCUUAAUUAUUCAUUUGAAUUUCUAUAUUAGAAAAAUCAUGAACCAUUUUAUCAUACAAUUUGAAAAGACAGACGUGGCAUAAAACAAAAUCCAGAGAAUCAAAUAUUUAGUGCUGAUAUUGGAAGCAUUUAGUUGCAAACUCUUAUUGUGGCCUGUCAUAUGAAGAUACUAAGAAAGGUAAUUCUAGUAAAUAUGUAUAUUUUGUUUGUUGAA